UGCAAGGUUCUUAGGACUGUCUUCCUGUCUUCCAGAUUUGUCUCAGUUUAGCCUGCAUUGAAGACCUACCUGUAUGGUACCUUGAGCGUGACCAGAAGAGCCACUCUGACUUGUGCCAGGGUCCUUGGGACCCUCAGCAGCUCUGGUCUCUCUGAGGAAGUCACAGUCAUUGGUCACUUGGUCACAAUGAUUCCUGCUUCUUCACAUCUCCAACCCUGUAACUGCCAUGCUGACCUUGGCAACCGCCGUGCAGCUGGGAGUCUGUGGCAGUCAAAGCUUUCGCCUGGCCUCUGUCCAUUGGAGAAAUGGACUCUCCCUGAGGAUCACCCUGUGCAGUCCACAUGCAGGAGGCACACUUGGCUGCAGAAUCAACUACCAGGACACCCCACCUAAAGGCUUCACCUUUAGCUUCUUUCAUGAGGAUCUCCAUGGCAAGAGAAGUUUGGAGAAGCCAAUUGACUGCAAACACAGUCCUGGCGCAGAGAACCAGACCCUGGAUUGCGAGGUUAAACUCAGUCUGCCAAAUGCAUCGGCCACAGGCACUUACUACUGCUUAGUCCGAGGGCACGUCUCGGUGCAGGGCAGUGGCACCUUCAUUCUGGUCAGAGACACAGCAUACCAGCCACCUUCGUUCAAGCGCCAGGAGGCCCUGCUGUUCAGCUUUACCGGCCUGCUGGGUGCCCUGAGUGUACUGGGCACAGUUCUCCUGCUUUGGAAGAAGAAACAGAUGUCAGUUCUGGGCAAGCACAUUACCAGGACCUGCCCUGGUCCCAGAUCCACCGGCGGAACCACAAAGCCUCCAGCAGAAUCCAUCUACACGGGUCUACAACGCCGAGAGACAGAGGUCUAUGCCUGCCUCGAAGGAGAGACUGGCAGCCCUGUCUCCAGCCAAAGUCCUCGUUCCAAGGAGAAACGAAAUAGGUUUGAGGAAGACAAUGAAUUUAACCUCGUCUAUGAAAAUCUCUAGGAGACGUUCCAUAAGCCCUGAGCCUUCUCUUGGAUUAGGGACCCAGAGCCACUUCUCUUGUCCAAGGACAUGAUCUGGGCCAGGAACAGGGCCCGUAGACCAUGCCGUCACCUGCACAUUCAGGCUUCUUCCUGCUUUGGCCUGACCUACUCUCUCAUCCUUCCUGCCAGACAGAAGUUUCCAUCUCCGGGCUUUCGCCCAGCCUUCCCCUCCAUCUAGAGAGCCAUUCUUCCCCUGAUCCUGUGGGCAAAGGGCACCUCAGUUCCCCCCGGGCUCUUUUGUCCACCACUUCUUUCCCUCUUCAUCCUUUACUGCCAUCCCCUACAGAGCUGUGCACAUGGCUCUCUUCACACAGGUCUCCACUGGGGCCCGCAGGCAGAUCAGGGCUGUGCCUGGUCACUGAGCCGUGCUCCCUGCUCAGUCAGCCCAAAGGCACAAAUUCACAGCCAGGCGUGGUGGCUCAUGCCUAUCACUCCAGCAUUCAGGAGGCUGAGCAGAAGGGUCAUGGUGAACUCAAGGUCAGCCUGGGCUCCAACAGUGAGAUCAAGGCAAUAAAUGACUGCUUGCCACAUACUGGGUGGAGCUGGGAAAUGGUAUAGCUAAGGAGAAAUGAAGAGUAGGCAGCGAAGAACUGCAUACACAAAAGCUGGCUGGGCCCAGGGCCGGAUAUGGAGGCUUAGGAUAUGGCAGGUGGCGGUGAACCAGGGCCUGGAGCAGGGAGGUUCCACACCACACGUACUGGUGAGAAAGGGAAGCCUGGUUUGCUUAGGGUAGGGGUGGAGGACUGACUACAGGCGCUCCUUUCCUCCAAUAAGAACGCCUAGCUGAUUUCCCACCAGCCUGUGUGGGCACUCACCUCACUGUGCCUACUGCCCUUGGCUCUCCAGGCCACUUUCUUACUCUACCCUAAGACCCAGCUCCCCCAAAUCCCUUCCUUGUGGCCUCUUCUGACCCCACCACCCUCAGCUUCAUCCUAUUUUCUUCUGUCUUUACUUAUUUGCUUUUGGCCCAUUCUGCCCCAACUUCAGAUGGAGACCAGCCUAGCUGUCUCCAUGCCACUUCCGUGGCUCUGCUUCCCGGGGUAGGUGGGCAGGCGGGUCUCUGUGCUGAAGUUCAAGCCAGGGUGGAUGAAAGUGACCCUCAGUCUUUCUGCCCCCUCCCCCCACCAGAAACUCAUUCAAGGAACCCCUCAUUUCAUCCUCCAGGCAGCUCUGCAAUAGGGGAACCGUAUCCUUGGAAGACAGGGACUGAAGGCCUUUGUGUCCCGGGCUGCAGGGAUCCUUUCUCACCCUUCUUCCCUCCUUUGCCUUUCCCAGACUCAGUUUAUCUGUGAAACAGACAGGCCAAUCUACUUCCCCUGCUUUCCAGGCUACUUCAAAAGUUCCUGGAAUGUUCAUUGCAAAGCCUGUGUGCACCCAGGGGACAAGGAUGUAUCAAUGUGCAGGCACCUAGCCUGGACCCAGCAGUGCUGAACCGUCUCCUCUCAGGCAACACCUUCUGUUCUGCAAGUGAGACCCUCCUUGAAGGAAUACAAAGGCUAGAGCGGAGGACACAGGCUGAUCUCUGGAAGCCCACUGUGCCCUUGGAUAGUGGCACCAGUCUUUUCUGGGCCCAGUGGCCAGGAACUGACAAGCCUGGUUCUAUCAAGGCCCACUCUGUGAACAUCCAACAAGCAAGGCUCCUCAUGGGCUGGGUUAAGUGAAGGCCUGUGCUCGAGGCUGGCUUAAUGAGUUCCUGGUCUGUGAAGGAGGGAAAUUGUGUGGCACAGAGCUGUCCCCAGGCUCCCGACUCCAGCAGCCUGAGAGGAAGGUCAAUGCUGGGGUGGGAACUGCAGCCAGCAAACACUUGGCUGCUACUUCCUCUGCUUCCUGAACUCUAUAGCCAGUCUCUGAACUCUCUGAUUGGGACUCAGGUUUUCCCUGCCCUUUCUAGGUGAGUGAGGAAGCCUGGUGGGAAUUCACAUGGUGCCCUGGCUCAGGACACAACACCCAGGCCCCCCCAGAAGUCCCCAACGUCCCCACUGCCUCUUCCCUAUCAAAAGUUGAGGGGAUCCUGGAAAAACCUACUUUGUUUUUGUCCCUUGCCUGUGAAAAGCCUCUGUGGCUUCUACUUCGCUUGCAAUAAAGUCUCAGCUCCUUACUGUG